UAGGUUACACGUAUUCAUAGUUUAGUUUAUCUACUGUCAACGCGGCACGUUUUAUUAACAAUGAGAAAAUAAGUAUAUAUAGAAGUAUAAAUUUGAAUUUAUUUACAAUGUUACGUACUUGUGGUAGAAAUCUAUUUUUCGGUAAUUUGUCAAAAAUAUUAUUUAUAUUUUUAUUAAGUUGUAUAGUGAUACCCAUAUUGUGUAAUGCACACGAACAUUCUCAUGAACAUGAACAUGAUCAUGAACCACCAAGUUUUAAAUAUUCAAAGCAAGCAAAUGAAGAAUUUGCUGAACAAAUAAAUUCAGCGCAUCAUAAACAUGUUGAAGAUUCAAAGCAGUCUGAUGCCAGUGAUAUAUUUGUACGUGCUAUGGGUUCAACUUUACUUAUUUCAUUGGCGCCAUUUCUUUUACUUUUUGUCUUACCAAUAGAUAAUAGUCAAGAGCGACAACCUUUUUUAAAAAUUCUUCUUAGUUUUGCAUCUGGUGGUUUACUUGGUGAUGCAUUUUUACAUUUAAUACCACAUGCAUUGGUACCACAUUCACAUGGUUUGGACAAUAAUGAAGAAUCACAUUCACAUGUUCAUAAUCAUGAUCAUGGUGAUCAUGAAGAGCAUGGUCACGAUAUGACUGUUGGAUUAUGUGUUUUAUUAGGAAUUGUGACAUUUUUAAUUGUUGAAAAAUUAGUGAGAAUAUUGAAAGGCGACUCUGGACACAAUCAUUCACAUAAUAAUACUACUGAUAUAAGUAUCUCGGGAUAUUUAAAUUUAGCAGCUGAUUUUUUACAUAAUUUUACUGAUGGUUUGGCUAUUGGUGCUAGUUAUUUAGCUGGAGAAAGUAUUGGAUAUGUCACUACAUUUACAAUAUUAUUGCAUGAAGUGCCUCAUGAGAUAGGAGAUUUUGCUAUUUUAGUACAAAGUGGCUGCAGUAAAAAAAAGGCAAUAUUAUUACAAUUGCCAACUGCUCUUGGCGCUUUAUUAGGAACUUAUAUUUCGUUACUUGUGGAAGGAAUGGGAGAUUUUGCAACACUAUGGAUUUUGCCAUUCACAGCUGGUGGUUUUAUUUACAUAGCAACGGUAUCAGUUAUUCCUGAAUUAUUAUCAGAUACCAAAUUUUGGCAAUCUGUUAAAGAAAUAAUUGCCUUAUUACUAGGAGUUUAUAUGAUGGUACUUAUUGCACAAAAUGAAUGAUUUUAGUAAAAUAACAAUUUUCUUUUAUAUUAAAACAUUUUUUUUUUCACUUACAUUAUUAAAUUGUAUAAGCAAUUGUAUAUACAUAUAAAUAUAAUCAACGAUAUAAUUAUAAAGAUACCAGUUUUCUUAAAAUUAAAUAAAUAGAAUUUCUAAUUAGA